AGUAUAUUAUGGCAGUGAAAAAAUUGGUGAAGUCGCCUGUGGGAUUUGACUCAUAGGAAUUCCAACCGGCUAGUUCUUGGACGCUAACUGCCGACCUGCGGGACCGUCAGUUUCCAUACUUGCAGGGAAACAGACGAGGACGCGGAACUGGUAGACACCCUAGAAAGUCCAAGAAAUAAGGCUUGUUCGGGACAGCUGCAAUCUAGUGAGGAGCUUCCGUUUGGUGUGAGAGCAGCACCCAGAGUGGAGUAAUUGUAGAGUAGUUGUAACCCGCCCAGGCUGCUGUGGCUUCGCGGCGGUCCGGGGCCGCAUUUGGGACCGGCAAUCGCCACUUAACGGCUGAAUGCCAAGCAAGCAAGCGAUUUUUAGAUUCAUCAUGAAAUCUGUUUGGAAGAAGAAGGCUGGGUCUCAAGUCCAGCACUACGCCAAAGAGUAACAGUACUGGAUCGUUUUGCUCCCUAUGGCAGUAAAUAACGUGCAACAUUGACCGCCGUCGGUGAUGCUUCGAACCUCUCGCAGUGCUUGAUUACUGCCUGUCACGGUGUAGAGGGAGACUGCGACGAUUUCCCACUGAAUUUCCAACAUCCUGGCAUUACAGUGUAGCUAGCUCAGGAUCCGCCAAGCAUUGUCACGCUAUUCUUCUGGUCAGGCUGGUGCUGCCAUACCAUCUUUAAAAUGUUCUGUACGUACACCAGAGAGUCCUGGUUGGAUUGGACAACUGUGUAACUUGUUUUCCCCUCCCGAUCAAUUUGUGAGGCAGAGAAACCUGUCGUCAUUGCUGCCUCCUUUUCCCCUCAAUCAUGUGUCGGUUCAGCAAGAUGAUCAAGAAACUACUGCUUGUUUUGUGUUCCUGCGUAUUAGCUGUCGGCUGUGUAUGUGGAGAAGUUCUCAAGCCGGGUGCGGACUACCGAGACUUUCAUCAUUUCCAACUUCCCAAUGGCAUGCAAUGUUUAGCGAUCCACCAUCCGAAGACGACUGAAGGGGCAUAUUCUGUUGCGGUUAAUACCGGCAGUUUGUAUGACCCUGAAGAUCUUCCCGGCCUGGCUCACUUUUUAGAGCACAUGUUGUUUCUCGGAACAAGUAAACAUCCAGAGCCUGAAAGCUAUGACAAAUUCAUGAGCGAACGCGGUGGUCAAAAUAAUGCAUACACAGACGAAGAGAAAACUGUCUUUUUUAACCAGGUUUCAGACAAAUAUUUAGAAGAUGCACUUGACCGAUUUUCCCAGUUCUUCAAGUCGCCGUUGUUCAACCCCGAGUACGAAGAACGGGAAGCGCAUGCUGUCGAUUCUGAACACCAGAAGAACGUCCCCAACGACGAGGAGAGAACCUGGUUCACCAUCCGUUCGCUUGCCAAGGGACCGCUCUCCAGAUUUGCCACAGGAAAUCUGGAAACACUAAACACGGCUCCAAAACGAAAAGGCAUUAAUGUCGUCAGCCGUCUGAAAGACUUUCACAAGAAGUAUUACUGCGCAUCAAACAUGGCUGUCGUCAUAAUGUCACCUCGUUCCCUCGUUGAGCAAGAGACACUGCUGCGGAAAAGCUUCGAGGAUGUAACUUCUGGCAACCCGAAUUUCUUGGGUUUUGAUCAGUGUCCGGGAGUGGACUAUGACCGAACACCACCAUUUGAUCUCUCAAACACCGGCAAAUUCAUCCAUCUGCAAAGCGUGGGAGGCGAGUCGUCACUGUGGGUCGCCUUUAGUCUUCCACCUACAAUCACCUCCUAUAAGAAACAACCGACAGGUAUUCUGACAUACUUGUUCGAGUAUAGCGGAGACGGUUCGUUGUCGAAGCGACUAAGGACGAUGGGACUUGCUGAUGAAGUAUCAGUGGUAGCCGACAGAACAUCGGUUAGCACACUAUUCGCAGUCAAGGUCGAUCUUGCAAGCAAAGGCGCAUCCGAGAGAGGUGCGGUGCUGGAAGAGGUGUUCAGUUACAUUAACUUGCUCAAGAACGAAGGCGUCGAUUCAAAAACGAUAUCAUCUAUAUCUGAGCAGUCUCUGGUAGAUUUCCACACUUCACAGCCGGAUCCGCCUGCGAUGAACGAGGUUGCACGCCUGGCGCAUAAUCUACUCACCUAUGAGCCUUAUCACGUUCUCGCUGGUGACAGCCUGCUGGUGGACCCUGACGCCCAAUUUGUUAACCAGCUGCUGGAUAAAAUGACUUCAGAUCAUGCAAUAAUCGCCUUCGCAGACCCUCAGUUCAAGCGUAACAAUGACUCAUUCGAUGUGGAACCGUUCUACGGCAUUGAGUACAAGAUCACUAACCUGCCAAAGGAGCAGCGCAGGAGGCUUGAAACCGUGACGCCAUCACCUGGCGCCUACAAAAUCCCACCAGCACUAAAACAUGUUCCUCGACCAGAAGAUCUCCACCUGCUACCAGCUCUUGGUGGAAUGUCGAUUCCUGAGCUGCUGGGCGACAGUAACACAUCUGGUGGGCAUGCCGUCUGGUGGCAGGGCCAAGGGACUCUGCCGGUGCCGCGAGUACAUGCCAACAUAAAAGCGAGGACACAACGAAGCCGGACAAAUAUGGCAUCCAGGACGCAGGCGACUUUGUUGAUGGCGGCCCUCGCCGAGCAGCUAGACGAGGAAACAGUCGAUCUUAAACAGUGUGGUAUCUCCCACAGCGUCGGAGUCUCGGGCGACGGUCUUUUAUUGGCGUUUGCUGCCUAUACGCCAAAACAGCUACGGCAGGUGAUGGCGGUUGUUGCGUCAAAAAUCCAAGACCCGCAAGUAGAACAGGACCGUUUUGAUAGAAUCAAACAGAGGAUGAUUGAGGAAUUGGAGGACUCUGCUUCCCAGGUGGCAUAUGAGCAUGCCAUUGCAGCUGCAUCUGUCUUGCUCAGGAACGAUGCCAACAGCCGAAAAGAUCUUCUACGCUUGCUCAAAAGCAGUUCUACUUCGCUGAACGAGACCCUCAAGACAUUCCGUGACCUCAAAGCAGUCCACGCAGACGCGUUUAUUAUGGGCAACAUAGAUAAAGCGGAUGCCAAUUCUGUCGUUCAGUCUUUUCUACAGGAUUCUGGAUUCACACAGAUACCGAUGAAAGAUGCCGCACAAUCCCUUGUCGUGGACCAAAGGGCGCCGAUUGAGGCUCUGAUUGCCAAUCCCAUCCCCAAAGACGUUAACCACGCGACUGUAGUGCAGUAUCAACUUGGCGUCCCUUCUAUUGAAGAAAGGGUUAAUCUUGCUGUAUUAGGUCAAAUGCUAAACAGAAGGCUUUUCGAUCGUCUCCGAACGGAGGAGCAGCUUGGCUAUAUCGUCGGGGCCAGGUCGUACAUCGACUCAUCUGUUGAGAGUUUGCGUUGCGUCUUGGAGGGUUCAAGAAAGCAUCCAGACGAGAUUGCUGAUCUUAUUGACAAGGAACUAUGGAAGAUGAAUGAUCACCUUCAGUCAAUAUCUGACGGGGAGCUGGACCACUGGAAAGAGUCUGCUCGAGCCGAACUCGAGAAACCGACGGAAACGUUUUACGAGGAGUUCGGCAGGUCCUGGGGCCAGAUUGCUAAUCAUGGGCAUUGUUUUAAUAAACGAGAUCUUGAAUUGAUAUACUUAAACACCGAGUUCAACCGAAAGCAACUGAGCCGGACAUACACGAAACUGCUCGAACCCACACGCCGUCUUGUUGUUAAACUCGUAGCAAGCCUACAACCUGCACAGGAGGUAACGCUCAUUGGGCAGGAGUCGCUCCUAGACGAGCGUAGGGAGUCUCUCGCCCACAAGAGAUCCAAAGGACAAAAACAUCGGAAAGGCUUGACCUUAGAAAACCUGGACGAAGAAACCGUCUCUCAAUUCCAUAACGCAGCAGGGUUUUAUCCUCAGGUGACCGUUUGUGAACUGUCACCCAGGAUGCUGUUGAGACUGGAAGAGGAAAUGUAACACGGCUUUCCCUGAAAUCAGUACUAUUUUGAACUCGUACACAUUCCCCUGCGUGGAGCUGUCUGUGCUAGGUGCUGGUAGGAGGCGCAUGCUGUUGUUCAUUUGGCCUCUGUCUUAAAACAUUGGACUCUCUCUUUAUUGUACUACGCGUUUGUUUCUUUCUAUCCUCAGUCAUACUCUUGCCCCAUUACAAAUGUGGGAUUGUCAGAAUCCCUUUCUUAAAGCUCCUCGAAUGGCA